AGAGUAGAGUAGCCAAUCGCGGCCACGGACAAGGGAACUAGGGAAGGUAUGGAGGCGGCGCCGGAGAGGGAGAGGGAGGGUAGGGGGGAGGAGUGGAGCGACGGCGGCGUGCCUCUGGGUUUCCGGGUGAAGGCGUGUUCCCGCGAGUCGUCGGGGCAGAAGGCCGCCAACGUGCUGGAGCCCGACCUCCGCUCCCACUGGUCCACCGCCACCAACACCAAGGAGUGGAUCCUCCUCGAGCUCAACGAGCCGUGUCUCGUCUCCCACAUCCGCAUCUACAACAAGUCCGUCCUCGAAUGGGAGGUCACCGCCGGGCUGCGCUACAAGCCCGAGGCCUUCGUCAAGGUCCGCCCGCGCGGCGAAGCUCCCAAGCGCGACAUGGUGUACCCGGCCAACCACACCCCCUGCCGCUACGUCCGCAUCUCUUGUCUGCGCGGAAGCCCCAUUGCCAUCUACUUCAUCCAGCUCACCGGAAUCCCUGUACCUGGCCUGGAACCUGAAUUCCAACCUCUUGUCAGCCACUUGUUACCACAAAUAUCUUCUUCGCAGAAACAAUCUCAUUCGUCGCACAAUAUGCACCUCCAGCUGCUCAAAGACAUUGCAAGCAGGCUACCACCAUUUCUGCCCCAGAUUGAGGCUGACCUUAAUAGCAUCACAGACACCCCAGAGAGCAGUGUUCGUUUCCUGGCUCUGCUUGCUGGCCCAUUUUAUCCAAUCCUCAGCCUUAUAAACGAAAGGGACGCUACAAAAACAUCGAUUUCCUCCACUGAUUCAGACACCCUAAAGACUAGCCUGGCUUCUAUUCCAACUGUUUCCUCAAACUUCGAGGCACAACCUAGGAGAGCACGGAGUCCAUCUUCUGUUCAGCCUGCUUCAUGUAUGCUGGCAUUUCGACCUGAAACAGCUAUACUACUCUUAAGGAAAGCACACAAGGACAAAACUCUCUCAAUUGUUUGCCAUCGAGCAUCAAGGGUGCUCCAAAAACUUUUGGAGCCUGAGCCAUUCUUUGACGAGCCAAUACCUAAUGGUGGCAUGCUUCCGAGUGAAGUCUCUGAUGAAAUUCCUAAAAGUGACGCUUCCAACCUAGUGCCUUGUACAAACUACUCUAGUUUGUUUGGAGAAGAAUUUGGUUUAUCGGAAGAUCACUUCGAUGGCUCUUUUCUAAAUAUUUUGGAUGUUGCUGCUGUUGAAGAAGGCAUUCUUCAUGUACUGUAUGCAGCUGCAUCACAGCCUCAACUAGGUUGCAAGCUUGCUGAAAUUACUUCAGACAUGUGGUCUGUCUUACCGCUUGUUCAAGCUCUUCUUCCAGCACUUCGUCCUCCAUUUAGUGCUGGCCCUACCGAACAGAUUGAUGAUUGUUUUAGCCAAUGGAACCAUCCAGAUGUUCACAAUGCUCUUUCCCAGAUUGUGUCAAUGUCAGUAUCAUCAGUUUUUCAUCCUCUUCUCAGAGGCUGUGCUGGUUAUCUUUCAUCAUACCUGCCAUCACAUGCAAAAGCAGCAUGUGUUUUGCUUGAUUUGUGCAGGGGACCAUUGUCACCUUGGGUGCCCAUGAUCACAGCAAAGGUAGAUCUUGCUGUAGAACUUCUGGAGGAUCUCCUGGGUGUUAUCCAGGGAGUUGGGCAAUCUCUUCCCCGUUCUCGUGCAGCGCUGAAGUAUAUUUUAUUGGCCGUAUCAGGGAAUAUGGAUAAUGUUCUCGCAGAAUACAAAGAAGUCAAGCAUAAAAUACUUUUCAUUCUGGAGAUGCUAGAUCCUUUUGUUGAUCAUGCUAUAAGUGCAAUAAAAGACAGAAUAUCGUUUGGUGGUGUGUCUGCUAUGUAUUUGGAGAAACAGGCAGAAGUUUGCGAAAUGGCCUUGAACAUUAUUCGUAUAGCUGCAAAGAAUCCUGCUGUACUCCCUUCUUUGGAACUUGAAUGGCGGCGAGGUACUGUUGCCCCAAGUAUACUUCUUUCUAUCUUGGAUCCUCAUAUGCCACUCCCACCUGACGUUGACCUCUGCAAAAGUUCAUUGCCCGAGGUUGAUCAAGCAGCUUUGGCGGUUUUAGAUUGUCCAGCUCCAGCACCACAUUCUUGCAACCCUGAAGUUGUUGACGGGCGAGACACAUCUGAAAUAGCUAUGAGAAUAGAAAGUUUUGAACAGUACAGUUCUUUAUUUGCUCCUGAAGAAUUGAAGCAAUCUGAGUUGACAAAUACUCUGCGAGAAGGCCAUGAUAAAGCAAGUACAAAUUUUGACCAGAACAUCCCUGAGGGCAGGAACACCAAUGUAAAAUUACCGUCUGGCCCUUUUCAGUUGGAAGAUACUCUUGCUGAUGAUUACAAUGAUGCACGGGCUGAUUAUCUACAACUACUGAACCAAGAGAACUGUGAAUUAAGAGCUCUAGAAUUUCGUCGCUUAGCACUGAACCUGUGCAUGCAACAGGAGCCAACAGUUGAGGGGCAUAAUGCCGGAAUUGAUGCUUUGCUACUAGCCGCAGAAUGCUAUGUUAAUCCAUUUUUUCUCUUGGAUUUACGGCUUAAUUCAGAGCCUCUGGAUCGAAUUGAAUGUACUCAUUCGGAGUUGAUACGAGGGAAUGCCUCCUUUGAGUUGAAAGGUUUGCGCGUGAAAGGUUUAGACCUAGCGACAGCGCACAGUUUGGAGAAUAAACGGGAUAGAGCUGUCCUAGAUUUACUCCUGCAAGCUGCAAGAUUUGACUGUGAAUACCAUGCAAAGAUACCAGACGGUGAAGUCUAUCCAAAUGAUGCUGAGGAUGACAAGCAAGCUAUAGAAAUUUCACCAGAAGUUACACACCUUGUGGAUGCUGUAACUUUGGUGAGAAAGAACCAAGCUCUGCUUUGGCACUUUAUUAUGAAGCAAUUUGGAAGGAAAGGACACUUACCUAAUGAAAUUCUUCUUGAUAGCUUGUUGUUCUUGUUGCACUCAGCAACUGACCUAUUUUGUCCACCAGAUAAUGUGAUCGAUGUCAUAUUAAAUUCUGCUGAAAACCUCAACCAACAGCUUACAUGUCUUUACAGCUCUGUUUGUGCUGGGGAUAAGAAAAUGGAUAAUGUAAAAUUACAUGGUUUACAAAGACGUUGGGCACUUCUCCAGAAGCUGGUUCUGGCUUCAUCUGGUAGCGACAAUACUAGAGAACUUGUCAGCAUUAAAAAAGAUGGUUUCCGUUUUAGAAGCUUAGUUCCUCCAUCAGCAUGGGUACAUAAGAUAUCAGAAUUUUCCAGAUUUUCUAGCCCACUUCCUCGAUUUCUUGGAUGGAUGGCAGUGUCGCGUUAUGCCAAGGAAUAUUUAAAUGAGAGACUGUUUCUUGCUUCUGAUUUCUCACAGCUUACAUCUUUGGUGUCAAUUUUUACUGAUGAACUUAGUUUAAUGGAUGGAGUUGCAACUCAGAAGAUUAAGUCUGCUGACACUGAGCAAUCUGCUUGCAAUAAUUACUUGCUUAAGAAGAAAUCAAUGUCAUCAGAUAAACCAAGCAUGAACAAACUGUUUCAGAUUUUACUUCCUGAACUACAUUUCUUCUUUCCAAGCAUGAGCAGACAGUUUCACACAUUUGGAGAGACCAUUUUGGAAGCUGUUGGUUUGCAGUUAAAAUGUCUCCCCAAAAGUGCAGUACAGGAUGUUCUUUGUUGGUUUUCUGAGAUGUGCAUGUGGCCUUACCUUGAAUGCAUUAAGGAGCAUCUUGUACUUGCAAACGGAGUAAGUUGUUUGAGAGGAAAUAUUGCUGCUAAUGCUAAGGCUGUUGUUUUCUACCUACUCGAGUCGGUUGUUGCUGAGCACUUAGAGGCUAUUGUUCCUGAAAUGCCAAGGGUAGUGCACAUUCUUGUGUCACUUUGUAGAGCUUCUUAUGCUGAUGUGGCCUUCCUUGACUCUGUAUUGUGUCUAUUGAAACCAUUGAUAUCUUACUUCUUAAGGAAGGGAAUUGAUGAUGAAAAAGUGAUGGGUCAUAUAAUUGACUGCAGUGAUUUUGAAUUGAUUUGUUUCGAAGAAUUGUUUCAAAUUAUCCGGUGUGGUAAACAUACAAAGGAUGCAACCGGUGAUAAGAUUCAGGUCCCAUUGCUGAUCUUCAUUCUGGGGUCCCUGCUUCCUGAUCUGUCCUUUAAGAGGAGGAUUGAAAUAUUGGACUCCUUGCUAGUAUGGGUAGACUCUAUCGGUUCUGAUCCACCAUCACUGCUGUGUAGCUAUCUUGAAGGCUUUCAUACACUUAUUGAUGGUUGUGUAACUGUACUAGUUCAGAAUAUUGAAUUACUUGGUAUCAGCAUCCUUUCUGUGAGUGAACAGUCUAGGGAGGCUGCAAAUUCCAUAAGUGGGGAUGCCAUGAUGCAACUUGAGAAGAAUUCACAAGAUAGUGCAGAGCAGCUAUUAGUUAAAUCCACAGACAAUGCGGAAAAGUCGAAGGGGGUUAAUUCUCCACCUGUUGGUUGCAUUAUAGAAUUUUGUGAUGCCCUGGAGAAGGUCAUUUCACAUCUUACCCUGUCAACUGAGAGUAGCUGGAAAUGGCACCAUCAGUUGGCCUAUAGGCUGUCUUCAUCGAUGGCAAAGUGUUUGCUGUAUGCGAAAUGUUUAAAAUCUGUUACUCAAGGAAACACAAUUUCUAGUAACACUAGGCAAGAGGUGGAGCUUGUACAAAAGCACUGGGACAGUGCUCUUGAAGGUCUUGCAGAAACCAUUUUAGGAAAUCAGGAAAAGCAGUGCUGGCAGGUGGCAUCCUCUAUGCUUGACUAUAUGAUUAAACUACCUAAUGUUCUUGCUUGGGGUAAUGUUCUUACUGCCACUUGUUCAGCAAUCGAGCACUUCUGCUCUCAUGCACCUAGGAUAUCUUGGAGACUGCAGACAGAGAAGUGGUUAUCGUUAUUGGUUUCAGCUGGAAUUGAAGACCUCAAGAAUAGUGAAACCUCGUUGAUUAAUCUUUUCUGUACAAUGUUGAGUCACGCCGAACCAGAACAACGCUCUGUUGCAUUGCAGCAACUUGGGAGGAUUAUUCACUUGGCGAGCACUGCUGAAGUUGGAUCUGGUUCAACAAUGGCAUCCCAUUUGGUUACUCAUACAUGGAACAGAAUAAUAGCAUUGGCUCUCUAUGACUCUUCUAUGCUAUUAAGGAAUCAUGCAAUGGCUUUGCUUACUGAAUAUGUUCCAUUUGUUGAUAAAAAUCAUCUGCGGUCAUUUCUUGCAUCAAGUGACGGUAUCCUGAAAGGUGUGGGGCAACUUUCGUGUGUAAUCGAAGAGGGCUAUUUGACACGAAUGUCCUUACUGUUCCUUUCAAAGGCAUGUCUUUAUUCUUCUUCUGAAGAUAUUGCUUUGAUUCCUGAAUGUGUUUGGAGGAAAUUGGAAAACAUGCAAGCAUCACUAACUGGAGGUUUUGGUGCCCUGGAGAAAGAUCUCUGUCGAGCUCUAUGUCAGCUAAGAACUGAAUCUGAUGCUAAAACAGUUGUAAAAGAACUUCUUGCUGGAUCUACUUCAAAACCAGUAAAUACUGAUUAUAAGGAUGUCCGUGAAUCAAUUCUUCAGGUGUUGUCCUCUUUGAGUUCUGUUGAGUCCUACUUUGAGUUCUUCUCGAUCAGAUCUGAUCAGGAAUGUCAGGAACUUGAAGAAGCUGAGGUUGAAUUGGAGCUUAUUAAAAAUGAGAAAGCAGUUCUGAAAUUUGCCGGACAUCCCCAGGAUACUGUGGUUCCAGGCAUGUUAUCAUAUUACAAGGAUAGUAGUGAAGUUAAUACACAGCUUCAGCAGAUCCGUGAAGAUAUACGGUCCCUAGAACGGUCCAAGCUCAGGGAGGAUAUUAUAGCACGCCGACAGAAGAAAUUGCUUAUCAGACAUACCCGUGAAAAGUACUUGGAAGAGACGAGUUGCAAGGAAAUGGAGCUUAUGCAAGAGCUUGAUAGGGAAAGAACACUUGAGAUGGAGCGUGACAUCGAAAGGCAGCGACAGCUGGAUCUUGAGCGUGCAAAGUCCAGGGAACUGCAAUAUAACCUCGAUAUGGAAAGGGAGAAACAAACUCAGAGAGAGCUUCAACGUGAGCUGGAGCAGGUCGAGUUGGGGCGGUCAUCGAGGCGGGAGUUCUCAACCAACCCCAGCAGCCGGGCGAGGGAGAGGUACCGUGAAAGGGAUAACGGUAGAGGCGCACAGCAGGAGGGAAGCCGCGGCCAAGGCCACGAGGGUCAAUCAACGGUCGUGAUGGGUGGUGCGUCAAGGCCAUCGUCGUUUCCUACGAUACUGCAAUCCCGCGACCGUGGCAGCGAUGGCGGCUACGAGGAGAACGCGGAGGGAAGCAGGGAUUCCGGUGGCGAUACCAGCAGCAUGGGAGACCCGGAGUUCGACGGGCCGGGGUCGGGCUCGAGGCACGGGACACGAGCCGGCAGCAGCAAGUCGUCGAGGCAGGUCAUGGAGCGCAGAGAGCGAGACGGUAGACGGGAAGGUAAAUGGGAGCGGAAGCAAUGAAGGCUACUCUUCUACUCAGUAGUCCUUUUUGGUCAGUUAUUCAAUGCAUCUCUUGCUCCAGCAACCGGCCACUACUGUAACCAAAGCAAAUUCUGCGUCUUGUAUCAUGUACUACUAGUACUUCAAAGCUGCAGUGUUAGUGUUACA